UAAACCAAAAACCAAGUGUUUUCCCCCCUCUUUCACCCCCUCCCUGCACGAAGCUUGUGGAGGUGGGGCCAGCACAGCACAGCAAUGCUACCACUCUCCUACGCGCCACCGCUACCGCCGCCACAGUCGCGACCGAACCCCACCCCUAGCCACAAGCCCAAGCCCCAGCCGUGCGUGCUUCUCUUCCCUGCCGCCCUCCGAACGGCGGCCGCGGCGGCCGCCAUCUCCUUCUCCCUCCUCGCCGGCAACGCCGCGGCUGUGGCGGCGGUGGAGCAGCCCCCGGAGAUAUGCCGCGGCCAGGACGACGGGAGGGAGGUAGAGGUGAAGGCCGAGGCGGUGACGAACGAGCAGCUCGUGGAGGAGGCGUGGGAGGUGGUCAACGAGGGCUUCCUCCCCGACGCCGGCAGCCGCCCGUGGUCACCGGAGCUGUGGAUGCAACGGAAGCAAGAUAUCCUUCAAGGUUCAAUCAAAUCCCGCUCUAGAGCCCACGACAUCAUCACGAAAAUGCUAGCUAGCCUGGGUGAUCCAUAUACAAGAUUCCUGUCGUCCUCAGAUUUCUCGAAGAUGUCGAAGUAUGACAUGACGGGGAUUGGGUUGAACUUAAGAGAGAUUCCUGAUGACAAUGGUUCUUUAAGGUUGGUGGUAUUAGGAUUGAUACUAGAUGGGCCUGCUCACUCUGCUGGUGUUAGACAGGGUGAUGAGCUUUUGUCUGUCAAUGGUAUCGAUGUAAGAGGUAAAUCUGCAUUUGACGUGUCGUCCAUGCUGCAAGGCCCAAAGGAAACUUUUGUUACAAUUAAGGUUAAGCAUGACAGCUGUGGUCCUGUUGAGUCAAUGAAAGUGCAAAGGCAGAUGGCUGCUCGCACUCCAAUUUUCUAUCGUUUGGAGAAAAGAGACAAUGAGAAUUCAUCUGUCGGAUAUAUUCACAUUAAAGAAUUUAAUGCAGUGGCCAAAAAAGAUUUGGUCAGCGCACUGAAACGUCUACAAAAUUCAGGUGCCUCCUAUUUUGUUUUGGACCUGAGAGACAAUCUUGGUGGACUAGUGCAAGCUGGAAUAGAGAUUGCAAAGCUCUUCUUGAACAAAGGAGACACGGUCAUUUAUACUACUGGCCGGGAUCGUCAAGUCCAAAAUACAAUUGUUGCUGACAGUGGACCUUUGGUUACAACUCCUGUGAUGGUACUGGUGAAUAAUAGGACAGCAAGUGCCAGCGAAAUAGUCGCUUCAGCACUUCAUGACAAUUGCAAAGCUGUUCUUGUCGGUGAAAGGACUUUUGGCAAGGGCUUAAUCCAAUCAGUAUUUGAACUUCAUGAUGGUUCUGGUAUUGUCGUCACAGUUGGCAAAUAUGUCACGCCAAAUCACAAAGACAUCAAUGGAGAUGGAAUAGAACCAGACUACCGCCGUCUUCCUGGUGCUAUUCACGUUCACCAGAUUUUCCUUUUGUUACACCCAACAUGCAAUGUAGUUUACUGCUCGGCUGAAUUUACUUUUGUGACAGAUCUCAAUGAAGCCAGAGAUUACCUUUCGCGUUGCCAAAGCAAGAAAUUAAGUUGAGGUGAAGUGCUUUAUUACAAAGCUUCUUACACAGCAACACAUUAGAAGUAUGGAAUGGAGCGUUAUGCCCAGAAGAAUUGCACAGCGAAGAAUGAACUCUCCCUGGUGAGGUGAGACCACAAGCUCAAGCUCUACAUCGAAGCCUCAAUUCAAUAUAGGCAUCUGCAGAGAUCAGAGUGAGCAUGUCCUUGGAUACCGGUGCUGCAGCUCGGUAGAGAAAGGAAAGAGCACAUUGGCUUCUGCUGAAUAUACCCAGCACCAAUAUGUAAAUAGCUUGUGAUCCGUGUGCAACCAGUGGCAUUCGUCAUAUAAAGAAGUGCAAUAGUAGCUCUAAUCCAAGCAUUUUGCCAA